CCAAAAAGCUGCAAUGGCAUUCUUAUCUGUGUUAAUCGCCUUUUCCAUGGCAAUUAUCGCUCUUUCUGCUGCUGAACCAGUGUUAGUCUCACCCUUCCUCAGCAAUCAGGUCUUGUUGGAAUCACCAAAACCUUAUGAAUUCGGCUAUGAUUUUGGAGACGGAUUGGGGAUGACUCAACAAAGACAAGAGUCAGCCGAUGGUUCUGGUAGUGUGCAAGGCAGCUACAGCUACUUGGACCCUCUAGGAGUUGUCCGAAAGGUUGAAUAUAAAGCUGACGCUGACGGAUUCAAAGCUACCAUCCACAGCAACGAACCUGGUUUGAGUAGCCACAAUGCUGCAGAUGCUGCCUAUCUCGUCCAACCACCACCACCUGCUGCUUUACUGCCUAAAGUAGCUGUAUUAGCACCAAUUGUUCCAUGCCAGCCAUCCCGUGUCACUGGUUCCCUCAACUCCAGCAUCUGCACUGGCAACAUGAGUCUUCCAUCAGUAGCAAUCAUCUUCUUCAUGGGCUUCGUUGCCCUCGCCUUGGCUGAGCCUGUCCCGUUCCUCAGCAACCAAAUCCUGCUGGAAUCUCCAAAACCUUACGAGUUUGGUUAUGAAUUUGGAGAUGGAUUCGGAAUGACCCAACACCGACGAGAAUCCUCGGAUGGAUCAGGACUCGUGCAAGGGAGCUAUGGCUACUUGGAUCCUCUCAAGGUUUACAGAAGAGUGGAAUACAAAGCCGAUGCCAAUGGAUACAGAGCCAUCAUUCGAAGUAACGAACCAGGUUUGGGCAGCCAUAAUGCAGCUGAUGCCACCUAUGUGGUAGAACCACCCCCACCAGCAGCUCUUGCUCCAAAAGUAGCAGUUUUCCCCGUGGUACAAGCUCUCAAAUAAUGGACCACAGUGUUGACCUUUGAGGAGGAUGAUUGUUUCGAUGAAGGCCUGGACAUACACACUCCCAAUAAGUGAUUUUAACAUUAGUUUGAAAUUUGAAAAGUAACUAAAAUCUUCUAAGCUAACAACAAAAUUAAAAUUUAAAUUGCUGUUAACAACCAACAGAUUUAACUAUUGAGAUUAAAGUGCUGGAACUUUAAUGACUCGAGAUCUCAAACAUGCAUUGUUUUUCUUGCUCAAAAAACUUUCGGUUUAGAAAGAAGUGAAGUACAAGAAUUUUGUUAUUUUUAAGAUAAUAAAAAUUUUUGCAAUUACA